ACGGCAAACAAACAGAAUGCACAAUUUUUUUAUGCCUGAAAGAGAUCACCACGCAAACAACUCAAAUCAAACCUCAAACAAACAGGAUUGUAAAUAUGACCUCCACCAUCAUCCUGCGUGUAAUUCUGGGAGAGAAUGAUGCACAGAAAGUGAAACUUCAGAAUGGUGUCCCUUGUUCUUUGGCAGAAUUAAAGAAUGAGAUACAGACACAGUGUAAUUUGUUGGGAGAAAUCAGACUUCAAAUCAUGGACCCUGACUUUAAUGAAUUUGUGAACCUGACUUCCACAACUGAUGUUCAGAACAAAAGCACCCUUAAGGUCAUGAAACUCUGUGACUCUUUAGCAGUAUCUCCAUCUCCCCCAUCAUGUGACACAGAGAUUCUAUCUUCAAGAUCAUCCUCUGAAGCAUCAUCUUCUUCAUCCCUUGACCCCCAAGAGUUGACUUCGAAUACAAGGUCUUCUUGGCCAACAUGUUUUGUUGUGCCCCGUUUCUCCUAUGAUGCAGAAAUUAAGCUGGAACAAGGCAAUUCAAAAUACCAAAAAAAAGGCUCUCUACUGAAUCCAGACCCAAAGCUGAAAUCAGACAUUUUAGAUGGACUUGCUGAAGAAAUAGUAAAAUUCAAAGUGUACCUCUCUGAUGCUGAAUUCAAUGAAGUGGCAGAAGCCCUUAUAAAACGGCAUCCUUGCCUUAAGGAACAGGGAUCCUUCACAGGCUGCAGUGGCUGGAAAAGAAGCCUUAAAUAUAAAAUGUCAAAUUACAGAACCAAGCUGCGAAAUCUUGGUUGUAGUGAAGUGACCGUUAAUUCCAUGAAGCACAAACCUAUGGGUGUAAGCAAUCCAGCUUUUGGUGUCAAGAAGCCACGCAAGGCUGAAGUAAACUUUUGUCCCUCAUUUCUUUCUGGUGAAACUCCUGACAGCAUGGAGCAAAUCAGAGUCUCCCUUCUUUCUGAGGCUAAGAAGAAGAACAAUGAGCAAACUGUGAGAAGAUUAAUGGACCUUUCAUUUGCAUUGAGAAGACAAGAGGUUGUCAAAGAAUCUCCACUUAUUGCUGACUUUAUGAGCAGAUGGCCGGCUUUGUUCCAAGAAAAUGAGGUUUGUGCUGAAUUUGCACGGGUAACAACUGUUGCCUUAAUUUCAAAAUUCUUCUCAAAGCUGGAUGAACACACUCCAAGUCUUCUGAGGAUCUUUGCCAAGAGAGGUGGAGCUCAGGGACAAAGGAUAAGGAAACUUCUUGUGCCACUUACACAGGAUGUAGAUUUUUCCAACACUGAAGCGGCACUCAAAGAAAUGGUGAUGGCCGUUUUUGUCAUCAGAUGUGAAGGAUGUGAAGUUGGUGAUGAACCUGCGGAUGUUGGAGUAGUUCUUGAAGGAGUUACAGCACUAGAAGGGCUUGGUACUGUAGCUAAUGGUGUUGCAUUGCUGAUUGGGGUUAUUUAUACCCUAAAUCUUAGUUAUCCGAAGGAGUCUCGAUACACCUUUGAACUCCUGCAAAAAGUGUUCCUGGAGCUUGAUGGACACAAACUCUCCACCAAAGUUCAAGCCCUCAAGACCAAGCUUUUUACACCUCAUUAA